AUAAAGCUCCCGAUGUAAACAAAGGAAGCGGCAGUUAAACGGCAGCGACCCAGCCGAGGGUGAUAACUACUGGAUGACCUUCUUGUUUCGUCUAAUGCGUCCGGACCAGAGACUGACUGUUGGGAAAAGGCUACUCUGAAGCGAAUGAAGAAACAACUAAUCUUUCACUUCACAUACAGAGGACUUCUAAGAAAAAAGAGUAAAAGAAGAAAAUGGAGUAUAAAUUGCGAAAGGCUGAACCCAGGGACGUGUCUGACAUAUUACGAUUGGUGAAGGAACUUGCUAAGUAUGAAGAGAUGGAGGACCAGGUCACACUGACUGAAAAAGAACUCCUUGAGGAUGGUUUUGGUGACACCCCGUUUUACCACUGCAUCAUCGCUGAGCUCCAAGGAAAGAACAGCAGUGACGACGGGAAGGUGGUGGGUUUCGUCAUGUACUACUUCACGUAUGACCCCUGGGUCGGCAAACAGCUGUACCUGGAGGAGUUCUACGUGAUGGACGAGUACAGAGGAAUGGGCAUUGGCUCCGGGCUUCUGCGCCACCUCAGUGAUCUGGCGAUGAAUACGCGCUGCACUGGCAUGAUGUUUGUGGUGGCCGAAAACAACGAGCCGUCCAUCCAGUUCUACAAGCUGCGCGGCGCCGAGGAUCUCUCCCAGGAGGAGGGCUGGAGGCUCUUCAGGUUCAGCAAAAACAGCCUGGUGAAGAUGGGCACGCCAGCGGAGGAGUGACGGAGGAGGAGGCUGAUGGAGACAGAGAUCAGUCGCUUCGCUCCACUCAGCGUUCAGCUUUGAGGGGCAUUGUGUUUCACAGUAAUGUUUCUGUUUGUCGUUCACAAUAUGAGUAAGCCUUUUGUUUAUUGCUAGCAUGUAGCUCUGAAUCACUUAUUUUAACCUCUUAUUGUAUGUUGGUAUUACUGCGUUUGAUUGCAGAAACAGUUAAUAUGACUAAAGUUUGAAAUAAAACUAACUUUUCAAA